AUGCUUACACCCCUCACCACGGUUGCAGAUUCGAAUAAUUCAAGUCAUCAUAUAACUAUUAUAGGGUUGGGCACUAUUUCUCGCUUGUUGGUUGCCCGCCACCUCCUGCAGUCCAGACUCAACAUUCACAUCGACAUCGCAGCUCCAACCGCAUCCACAACCACAGCCGCAACCAAGCAGGAAGAGAAUUCUAGACCUUUGUUUCAAAUACCUUUACUAUACGAAGUCUCAAUCGACCUUUCAGGAGCUUUUGCCACAGCAAACAUCAAUCAAAUGGCAUCAAGGGAACCGCAAGCGCAAAGGCAAGAUCAGCCACAAGAAUGGAAGCAAGACAUCGAGCCACCGUUCUCUCUAUCCCCAGCAAUCUUUGUCCCCUUUCAAGGACCACCAGGCCAAGCGCCAAUUCUCGAUCAACCCCAGCAGCUCCAGAAGAUUAUCGAGAACCUGCAAGCGCAGCAAGAUGUCGUCAGAAAAAAUAUGCUGUUCUUGAUACAGCAACGUGCAGAUAAUUUAGCUUCGAAAGCAAGGGAAGAACUGGAAGUAUUGGAGCGGUGCAAAGGUGAUGAAAUAUCACCGCUGCACGGGGAGGACAAAGAAGUGAACGAGCGCCAGAACAAGGAGAUAGACAAUAUGUUCCGGCGGCUCAAGGUCCUAGCGAAAAGGGAUGCUAAGAGUGAGGACUACGAGGCUAAGCCUGACACCUUUAAUCCAAACAAACAACACCCAGCAAUCCAUCCUCCCGCAGGCGAUGGGAAUGUAGAGAUGGGCGGUAUGGACAACGCGCCCAAACCGAGGACUGCAAAAGCAGUCCGAGAUGAAUUGAGCCGAAACAUGAGAGAGCUGGUCGAUAGAGGCACGCAAGAGCUAGAGGGCUACGAUAGGCACGCACAAGGAAUCCUUAACCACUACCGGCAGUCCCUGGAGAGGAGAACGGGGAGACCUGCGCCACCUCUAACUGGACCUACGGGUGCUACCGUGCCUCCAAGAGGCAUAUUGAAAAAUGCUGGUGACGGGGGUUCGGUUAGCAGGAAUGAGAGGAAAGCGUCUGGGAUUAAAUUUGCACUACCUUGA